AAACCCUGAACAGUAUGCGAAUUUACGGAGCUAUUGAACGUAACGCGAAUCACGUGACCAGGCCAGUUCUCCGCCGUUAGCAAGGUGGCUAACAAGAUUUAGCUCCCUGGCGCACCAUUGCGUUGCUACACGAAAACCCGACGGAAGCAAGGUAGACUCCGCUCGGCGAGAGAACAAACUUUGUUUGCCACGUCACGCUGUCAGCAGGAUACAGAGAGCACGAUGCCAGAGCCGGCUGAGAUGAGCGGUCCUGAAGUGGCCAAGACACCGGGAGGUGGCGCUCCAGGGAAGGAGGGCAAGGAACCGGUGGCAAAUGGGCAUGCGGGCGAUGCAAACGACGCCAACCCCUUUGCCGAAUACAUGUGGAUGGAGAAUGAGGAAGAGUACAAUAGACAGGUGGAAGAGGAGCUGUUGGAGCAGGAGUUCCUGGAGCGCUGCUUCCAGGAAAUGCUAGAGGAGGAGGACCAGCAUUGGUUCAUCCCAUCACGUGACCUCAACAACCAGGGGGUGGAGCAACUGCAGCAGCAGCUCAACGGCCUGUCUGUCAGCGAACACAACAGCAACCUGGAGGAAGUGGCGAGGAAGAGUGUUUUGAAUCCCGAAGCGAAGGAGUUUGUCCCGGGGAAGAAAUACUAGGAGUCCCCCUCACCCCCAUGGAGCCUCCGCACACACACACACCAGUCACCACGUAUUCUCAGAGACUUUGGCGACCAUGAGUGCGCACACUGAUUCUCAUUUACACACACACACACAUACACACACACACACACACACACACACACACACUUACAGUACCAUUGUGUGGGCAGGCCCAGCUGGGGUGUGGGGGGAUUUGUUUUUCUGUUUUUUUUUUCCUUUUUAUUUCCUGUUUGUUUCUUGUAAACUGAGGGACAUUUGGGAAUGGGGUGGGGGAGGGGUGUAGCACCAGUCCGGCCCAGUGGGCGCCAAGCGCAUCACUGCAUCAUUUCAGACAUGACAAGGCUUCACAGAGCAGGCGGAAACCCACUGACAACCCCUGGAAACCGAGGCAGCUAUCAUAGAGCGAUGCUUGACGUGACAAACUUAAAACCUCCUCGCCUCCCAAAAAUGUAAAAAAAAAAAAAAAAAAACUAAGUAAAAAUCAUGUUUCGUCAAAUUGGGAAAAACAAAAGCCAAGAGGUUUGACGGCUUUCCAUACCAGCAAGGUUCCAGAGGGGACUUGGUGGUGACCUCGCUGCUCUGUCCAGCUAUUACAGUCCGAUCCGUUAACGCCUGUGAUGUCAUCACAGCUCCUGUGCAUCCAUAUUUGUAGGAUGUUCAUAUAUCGCAAUAGCUCAGUUCCAAACCAAAUAGUUCAUGAUUCUUUUGACAGGUCAACUCAAAUGUUGCCAAUUGUGGAAAUAUAUAUAUUGUGUCCUCCCAGGAGAGGGGGGAGUGUUUGGUGUGGAACACAGCCAUUGCCAAAUUGUCCAGCAUUACAACCAAGCGUCCAUACUCAUCAGCUUUUAAAUAGCCUCUCCUGUUUUCUUUGUUUAUCUUUUCAUGUUUUGAGGAUGUUCUGUGUCUACUGGGUUCAAGUAGCCUGUAAAUUAGGGAGGAAAUGUGUCGGGGGCCAUAUUGUCAAUUUGCCAGCGUUUAUCUGGUUUAACAGCAGUAUGUGGUGAACCUCUGUGCUCCUGUCUGAUGGUUGAUUUGUAAGAGGAAGUUCUCUUGAGCCAUUGUCGAUUUCUGUCUUUGAGUCAUAGGAAAACGUUGGAUGCAGGUGAGGACAUCCGAUCAGUUACAUUGAUUAGUUACCGUUAACAUUUACCUUGAUGGUGUCAAGUUCAUAUUAAUGCAGGUAAGGACAUCCAAUCCGUUACAUUGAUUAGUUACCGUUAACAUCUACUUUGAGGGCGUCAAGUUCAUAUUUGAGCACUUUAGGAGAAGAGCUUAAUCCAAUCUAGUUUGCGCAACUCGUCUGUUCGUAUUUUUUUAUUCCCCGGCAACAGACUCGGCUCACUGUAGAACUUCCUUGUGAGCCCCCCUCCCUCGGUGAAGCUAAUGGAUUGUCCGCCAGGUGGAUUGUGUAACAUCAGUCUUGGUGAUUUUUGUUUUGAGUUAGAUGACAGAAGCAGUAAAAAAAAUAAUAAUAAAGAGGUCCAGAAGACACAGAGUAUGCAUUAUCAACAAAAGUCCUGAAAAAAGAUGAAUAAAGAUGCUAAAGACAAA